ACAUGUCCUGGAUAUGAAGAAAGGGAACAGUUGAGCUGCCAGAUGUGAUCAUAUGCAACCGCAUCCAUCAGAGGGUGGUCAUAAAUUGAGAACAAUCUGAGUUUAAUAUUUUACUGUCCUCUUUAUCACAGUAUGAGAGCUACUCCUGGACCUGACAGAUGAGAGUAGAUUACAUUACAUAUUCAACAUACAAGGUGUUGAGCUAAGACAGCCUUUAUUAGUCCCACAGUUUGACGCAGCUUUGUUUCUGUUAAAUACAUACCAUCAAUGUAUGAGAGUGUUGUGCGUUUACUUUAAGUUUGUAUCUAAUAUAAUGUGUUUUGUAAGGCUGGGCUCCUUUGACCGUAUGACACUCGAGUAAAAAAUAUUCAUUCAGUCAUUCAUUUCCUCUCUGACUGGUGGGCAUACCUGACAUCCCAAAAAUAUUCAGUGGAUGUUCAGUUAAAUUUCGCCUUGGCAUCAUUUUAUGACUGCAACUUGUGAAAUCAUUUCCCAUUUUGUUCAGCGACCUGGCCGGACUCCGUCAAAAUCUCUGCUAAUUAAAGUCAGCCUCGCUCUACCGUCACUGAACACACCACACACAUGACAAAAAAGACAUUUGCCAAACCGUCACAGUUUGUCUGUAGCACUCGGGACACACCAUACUUGCUUCAUUAUUAAAUUUUAGACGUUUUACGAAUUUUUAGUUCACGUGUUAAUCUAAAAAGCGUGUUUAGUUGGAACACUCGGCGUGGUAAAAAAAAAAUAUAUAUCUGAUGGAAAGUUUACCAGUAACGUUAUGACCAGCAAAUGCAGUGAAUGCAUCGUGUUGAAAUGGGUGUGGAGGUAACGUCUCAACAGAAACACAACACAAGCGGUCCAGCGGUGACUGCAUCACACGUCCUGACUGAGACUUAAAGCCAUCAACAGAACAUGAACUGGAAGAUUUGGGGUUUGUUUGUGGGCCUCCUGUGGAUUUCCCCUGGAGAAAGCAAAUGUCCCAAAAAAGAUGAACAUGACAUACUCAAAGGAUGUUUGAAACAGAAAAGCACUGCUUUUCUUGUUCCUGAUAAGUUCAAUGAAGUCAUCACUCACAGCUGUCAGGCAGAAAAUGGUUGCAUAUUAUUUCUGCGGAUAAACAGAACAGAACAACAGUUGGAGAAAUGGUGGCCACAAAUAGAGAUGGAGAAACUGCUGCAACUUUCAAAGUGGCACAUAAGCAAGGAAUUGAAGUUGUGCGUCCUGCAAGGAAUUCAGUGCGACGCCACAAUAUGUAACAUCACAGAUUCAGUGUGUCACAGCAAAAUAGGAUCUUGCUCGGUUACAUGUUUUUUAACAAAAAAAAUAUGUAAACAAUCUACUUACAAUGACCACGUCUGCAACAACAUGGGUCUACAGGUCAAGGACAAGUACAUCAUCAAUAUGACGGGAGAAAACAAAGUCUGUAUUAACUGUGAUGAUCCAGUGAAAACGCCUGGCUAUGAACUUAAUCAUAGUGAUCUGGCACAUUUUAAUGUGACAGUAGACUUUGAAGGAGGAGAAGUCAACCCUUCCAAAGCUGCUGAAGUCAUGAGCAAAAUGUCCGACCUUGCCGCUUCCAUCAAUGUGUCUUCAGCGGUACUGACUCUGGGAGAAGGAGUCACGGGUCUCUUAGUGAGAGAAACAGAGCCUGAGGACGUAAAUGAAGUCUCCUUUGCUUAUAUGUCUGCAAAUUCCAGCAUGAAUAUUAUAGAAAACAAAGAUUUUUUGGAUUCAUUUACAAGAUCUGUCACAGUGCCAAAAGAAGCGUUUGAAAAAUCCAUCAGUUUGAACAUUAGUGUACCAUUUGCAGCUGUUUUCCGAUUCCUGAAUAUGGCCAAGGAUGAGAGGAACAGCUCUGUUUUAGGUAAUGAGGUUUUAGCUGUUGAAAUGGGAGCCACUAUCUCCAAUCUCACAGACCAAAUAUCCAUCAAUUUUCGAAAUAUGAAAUACGAGGGAAUUCCAUCUUGUCAGUCAUGGAACGGUGAAGGAAAGCAACCAAACUGGACCAAUGAUGGAUGUCUGACAAAAAGCAAUGGAGAGAACAUUACAUGCCAGUGUUCCCAUUUGACAUUUUUUGCUAUCUUAUUGACUCCUCUAAAUCAAACCAUUUCUAGUUCUGACCUGAACAACCUCACCAUUAUCACCCAAGUUGGCUGUGGAUUGUCCAUGUUCUUCCUCAGCAUUGUCUUCUUCAUGCACUUCCUCAUGAGGAAGACCAAGGCCAGUAAAGCCACUGGGAUUCUCAUCCAACUGGUGUGCGCCAUGUUCUUGCUCAACUUCACUUUCCUGAUCAACAACUUUGUGGCGAAACUGGAGAGCUCUACGGGCUGUAAGAUCAUGGCAGCUGUCAUGCACUACUUCUUGCUGGCCACGUUCAAUUGGUUUUCCGUACAGGCCUUCCACAUCUGCCUGCAGCUGUACAAGGGCGGCAAAGUUGUAAUCCAUCACUACCUGCUCAAAGUCUCCAUCACCAGCUGGGCUCUACCAGGUAUAGCCGGGAUUUCCUUGCUCGCCAUCGGAAAAUAUGGUAAACAAGUCAUCUCCACCAGUGACACUGAGGAAACUGUGACCAUGUGCUGGAUAACAGACAGCACCGUCCACUACAUUGUCAACAUAGGUUACUACACAUUGGUUUUCCUCUUCACCUUCACUACCUUCAUCAUCAUAUUGUCCUGGCUCUUCUGUCUGAAGAGAACCAACACAAGCAACACACAAAUUAGCACAAGUGGUAAAGGCAUUGUAACCAUCCUGGGACUGUGUUGCAUGCUGGGUAUCACAUGGGGUUUUGCUUUCUUCAGCCAUGGUACCUUCCAGACCCCCGCCUACUACAUCUUUACAGUCCUCAAUUCUUUCCAAGGUUUCUUCCUGUUCAUCUACUACUACAACGUCAAAGGACAAAAUGGUCAUAAAAACUUCACCACCACCACCAGCAGCACCACCACUAUUGAUACCAACCUGGACAGCUGCAACAACCCCUACAUCAAUCUGCCAGGCAAAAAAUAAACUCUUAGGAUGGGAUAAAGCGAUAGUAGGAGUACUAGCAACAAAAUCUACGUCAAGCGCCAAAAGCAAAAGUGUUCGUUACGCAGAACUGUCCAUUUCAGAAUAACACAUUUAUUACCACUGGAUUAUAAUAAGGAAUUCAUCAGAAAUCAGAAUUAGAUUAUUUAUAUUUUUAUUAAUAAUUUGAGUCUGCAGUGUAACUAAUGUUGAAAAAUACACGAAGAGGAGUUAAAAAAAAAACAAAAAACAAAAAAACAAAAAUGGCUUCCAAAAUGUAGUGGACGGGAUAAGUCACAUCAAAACAUCAGUACAAGUAGCUCAAAUUUGUACAACCUUCAAAAAAACUGGUACGUUAUGUCAAACAUAAGUAAAACAAGAACAUUUUCUAAUCCUUUUAGGGCAUAUAUUGUCUUUGUACCGUUUAAUGUUUUACUUUGUUAACUUGAUUUUUGUAAAUGUGUUUAUUCUGAACUUGCUGCCAGCAACAAGUCAAAGGACAAGGGCCACAAACGACUGGGAUACUUGUAGACCACUCAAAAACACCUGUAUAGAAAAUUGCACAGGUAAACAGAAUCAUUGUUAACAGGUGAUAGUAGCAUCACUGGCACUGGAAUUCUUGAAAGCAAAGACACGAUUCUGUAAAUUACAUUUUAAAACUGUUGUCAGUAAACACGAUUUGUUUGCAGUUGGUUGCAUUAGGUUUUUAGUCACACUUCACACAGCAUCCAAACUUCUUCAGAAUUGGUGGAAGAAUUAUGUUUGCAGUGAUCGCCAACCUGUGUACAAAAUGUAUUCAGUUGAGGAUAUACUCCUAAAAAUAAAAUUUCUACUCAAACAGGAUAUAGGUAAUUGUAAGCGAGCUGGCUAAAAUAUUGUACUCGUUAGACCCAUAAGAACUCACUGUGUUGUUUUGACUGUUUGAAAGUGGAGGUGAGACGAAGAUCAUGAGGAAAUAAAAAUCCUUUAUUCGGUUAAUAUUAAAACACACAUCAUGCAUCGAUAUACGUCUUUCCCCCACAUUUUUAAAUAAUUUUAAUAUGGGAAAUUAUUAUACAAUUUUACAACAAGAGAGCUUCUGCUUCUUGGAGGGCUUUUUCCAUUUCUGCAGCCUCCAGGGAAAAGUCCUCCCUUUCUUGUAUCAUAUGUUCUCGUGCUUUGGCGAGUUCUGUCAUUGUUGUCUGGAUUUCCUGUAUGUGUGUAAAAUGAGGGACUUUUAAAAAUACACUUUAACCAUCAGUUAAAUCAGCUAUGACAGAAAGCAAAGUUAAGCUGGUCAGUUAAAUUUAAUUUAAAAAAAACUGACUCACCUCUAACCGGGCUCGUUGCUGUGAUGCAAUGUCUCCAAACGCUUUCAGUUCAUGCAGCAGGUCUGUGGAGACACUCUGACAUAGAGACAAUGAAAACUGUUAACUAGAUGGUCCUGCCUGUGAAAACCUAAAAUGUGUAACCCUUUAAUGUGUAGGAUACAAGUAGAGUGCAGAUUUGAUUUAUUUUGAAACAGGUAACUUUUUUUCUCAAUUUUCUUGAGCAAAUUAAUACAUAUAUCUUUUCUACUGUAAUUUCCAAUUUAUUUGUGUCAGUUUGAUUCAAAUUCACUUUGACAUACAAUAUAGUAAACUGAAAUAAAAAUAUAUAUAACCAUGA